AUAGUUUCUACUCCGGCCACCGGAUGGCAGCACCGUAUGCUGAUGUCGAACACUUUGUUUAUCGUCUAUUUGUUCCGUUGGCAACUUAUCAUGUCGUUUGUUUACGUGUGAGAUUGGCUAGAGGAGAACUGCAUGGUUAAUCAAAUUAGUAAAAUGGCAGAAAAGGAGGCAGAAACAGAGAAAGCAAAAUCAGAGGCACCUGCUCAGCCCGUUAUAUCAGAUCAGGAAAAGGACUGGGCACAGGCAGCUCUGACAGAAUUCAACAGGAAUAAUUACAGUUCGUGUUUGCAACACCUGGUAAAGUUAGAGGCAGCGCGACCGCAGGAUACCAAGGUCGCGCACAACAAGGCGAUAGUCGAGUACUACAAGAGUGAUCUCAAGAAGACGGACCAGUUCCGGAAGAACAUGAAUUUUGUGUGCGGUCAGGCACAUGUGAACAUAGAGGACGUGGACUCAUUGGAGGAUGUGGAACAUUGUGUCAUCUAUUAUAACCAAGCUGUCCUCCUGUACCACCUCAAACAGUACAGCACUGCUCUAAAGAUUAUGCAUAAGAUAUUCUCCUUUAUAGAACCAAUGGAGGAGAGCCUGGCUCAUUGCGUGUGUCUCCUGCUGCUGGAACUGCAGUUGUGCAUGCAUCAGCCCGACAAGACGUUGGCGCUCGUAACUUACGUAGAAAACCAGUUUGUCGUUUCUACGGACUCUGUCAUCUCAUCAGAAAAGGAGAUCAAAUCUCUUGAAAAGGAGCACAAAGAAAUGAAGCCUGUAACUGGUGAUGCGGCGACAGACACAUUCCGAUUGAAGCUGUUGCAGUACAGAGCUCGCUGCUAUCUCAUGAUGCACGCUCUCAAGGCUUGCAAACGCGAGAUAAAAAACCUCAUCACUGCAGGUGGACCGACACUGACUUCGGUCUUGUUGAAAGGAAAUCUGGAAUACCAGCGUGGAAACUACAGGAAAGCUAUGAAAGUGAUCAACUCCAUCCCACAGAGCAGCCUCUCGUUCAAAGAUUUGGGGGAGUCGGCCCCAGUGUUCUACUACAGUGACAUGGGCUGCAUCCAUCAUUACAUGGGCAAGCCUCAGCUCGCGUGCUACUACCUGCAGAAAGCCCUGCAGGAGAACGAGAUGGCCACGAAGAGUCUUCCCAAAGCAGAGCAAGCGGAGCCAUAUUCGGGUCGACCUCUGUACACGCUCGGUUCCAACAAGAGCUACGAGCUGAUGUACAAUUUGGGCGUAACCUUACUACAUGCCAGAUGCCCGAUCAAAGCUUUUGACUGCCUCACCGAAGCCGUGCAAGUCUAUCAUAUGAAUCCGCGGCUGUGGCUUCGGCUGGCCGAAUGUUGCGUCAUGGCACACAAAGCCGAGAAUGAGAGCGAUUUCAACAUUCACAUGCGGAGGAAGGAUCUGGUUCAAGGUGUCGUGGGCACUGGGACACACAGAAAGAUCAUCCUUACCCCACAACUCUCAAAAGACACCAAGUACAGCUGCGAGGGGCAGUCAUUUGCUAUUCCUGUGGCGACUGUGGAGUUCGCUUGCCUGUGCCUUCGCAAUGCGUUGCUGCUGUUGCCAGACUCGCAGCCAGAGGACCCCGUGUCACUGCCCGCGCCGCACUCGACCGACGUCCCUGCCAUCACGCCCUCCCCCAGUAGCCACUAUGUCUACGCUGCACCUUCAAAUCCACUUGGACCUCAUGAGGUGGCCAGCCUCAGGUGUUCCGUGCUUGCUUUGAGUGCGUACGUAGCGCUGUGCCUCGGUGAUUACAUGGUAGCUCUGGAUCAUGCGCAGAUGUUGCUCGUUCAGCCAACGCUGUCAGGAGUACACAGGAUGCUGGGACACCUGUAUGCGGCAGAGGCGUUGGUGUUGCUGGACAAGAUCUCGGAAGCAAUAGAACAUCUCAAUCCGGAACACGUGAAGGAACUCUCUUUAAUGUUCCCUUCCUCUGAGAAGGACAUGGACCGAGAUAAAAUGGACAUCGGCACGGAGCAACACAAACCACUGAGAGCAUGGUUCCCGAACACACUCCCGACAGCCAGAGCUGUGAUACAGUACAACCUGGCUGUUGCGUUUGCUAUCCGCGGUGAACUGGACAAGGCCGGCGAGACGUUGAAACAGGUGUGGAUGUCAAAAGGUCAAGGCUGCGAUGUCCCAAUCCACGUAAUCAUGCUGGCACUUUACAUCGAGCUUCAGCUGGGCCAUGCUGACAUAUCGCGCACCAUAGUGAAGCAGCACUCGCCGCAGUACCGGUGAGGCCGUGACUGCCGCCCGGUGCCCAGUCAAACAAGCGUGGCCGUGAAAUAUAAUGAUUAUGCAUUAACGGAGAACACGCGAAGAAAUCGUGUCCUGUGACGGUCUUAAGUCAAGUCAACCAUUAAUAUCCAUGUAUUCACUAGUUUACUUUGUAAAUGCGUUCUUCACUCCUGUUUUAAUCUGCCUAAGAACUGAAUGACAAUGCAAAAGAGUUGAAGCACUGAAGAGGAGGAAAUCACCAUCAACAUUCAAAUUAAAUCAGAAAAAUGUUUUAAGCAUUUAACUUAUUUAAUGUCCUUACAUACAAAUGUAAAUAGUACAUUGAAGUCAUUUUUGGCCCCUUUAAGCAGUAAAUUUAGUAAUAUAAACUUUUGGGAUAUCAAGUAGAAACUGAACAAUUUAUGCACAUUUGUUUUGCUUGUGACUAAAUUCACUUUUUGAUGUGCGUGUGUGUGAUUUGCUAAUUCAGGUUUAUAAGAAAUUAUUAAUUUUUGUUAAUCGACACUGAAGUUUGCCAGGCAUAUUGCUUGUUGCUCCGUGAUGCCACUAGUCUGCCGGAAUGGACUCUGACCAUCACGAGCUCCUGACUGAAUAGCUGACAAGCAGGGGAUAUCUACAACUCAUGCGCUUGGCGACAGGGAUCUACGGAUCAAAGUUUUGGAUUAGGUUUGCCCACAGAUGGACAGACAUCAUGCCAUAAUACAUUCAUUUUGUGCAGGUCAUUUGAAUAAUACACAGAAAUAAAAUGUACAUAAUUCUCUAAA